AUGGACGAUGCGGAGAAGCAGCGACGGCGCAAGCUCGCCCUGCAGAAGCUCGCGCGUGUGUUCAAGGGCGAUGAACCCGCGCGGCGACCGGCGUCGAACGCCUACGGCGUCCUCGCCGAGCGCAAGAUCCUCACCACCAUCUUGAGAACCACGACGCAGCCCGAGAUUGCUUCCCUGGUCCGCGACAGGCUCGCGGUGAUAUCGCUGGAUUCCGACUCCGACGCCGACGACGCCCCGACGUCCGCCCCCGCCGCCGCGGCGAACGAGGCCAAGGCGCGCCUCGAGGCUGAAAAAUCCGCGGAAGUCACGACGUGGCUGCGAGAGGUCGCCAACGGGACGAGGCCGGUGCCCGGCAUCCUGGCGUCGCCCGAGUACUGGGAGGAGCUCGGCGCGCCCGCGAAGGACGCCGCGAACGCGCGCGGCCGCGAGCGGUACCGCGCCCGGAUGAAGCUGCGCGCCAGGUGCGAGCCAGCGCUGGCGCCCGGAGAGACGAUCGUUUGGCCGCACCUCGGCGACGACUACAACGACGAGCGCCUGAGCCUCAUCCGGCAACACCUUCGGGAGAAUGGCUACGCACAGUUUCCAUCCUUCGCGGUGGCCGCGCCGGACGCAGACGAGAACGGCGGCGCGAACGGCGGCGAGGUCGUCGCGGGUCCAGAUGCGCAAGGUCGAUCGGCGACGCCGGGAUUCGAACCUCCGACCUCCCUGCUGCGCGAGCGCGGCAGCUGGCGGUGGGAGGGCGCUCGCGUCCCGGUCAAGGCUGACGACGGCGCGCGGAGAGAUUUGCUCCAGUCGGUGGUGGAUCGGAUGCGACGUUUCGGCGCGUGGUCCCCCGCCGCGGCGUUCAUGUACGACGCCACGUGGCAGAUCAUCGACGCGGCGUUCGACGUCGCCGGGGUUUUGCUCGACGCGGACCCGGACGAUGGGGAGGUGACGCUGGAGCCGUCGUGCUUCGCGUGGGCGCUUCGAUGCGUAGACGAGGACGACACAGCUGGCGGCGAGAACGGGAAGAACGGGACCGGGAACGUCGCGGGUUCGAUCCCCGGCGGUAACUUUUCCCUGCCGCACCGGGACUACCCCGCGUCCGAGGCGUGGAACGCGACCUCGGACUCGCCCAACCUGGUCAGCGCGUGGAUCCCGCUCACCGACGCCACCACCGACAACGGCUGCAUGUACGCGUUACCCCGUUACGCGGAUGCGCAUUGGUCGGACCCAACUCACCCCGACCACCUCGCGCCGGCGACGAGGGAAGAAGGCGGCGGCACAACCCUUCGCUUCGACGUCGCGAGGGCGGUGCCGAUGAUCGCCAAGGCCGGGUCGGUGUGCGCGUGGGCGGGGCAGACGGUGCACUGGGGGGGCGCGUGCGGGCUCAGAAGCGACGAGUGCGACUGGAACACGCGAGCCAUUCCCAGGAGAAGCGUGGCGUGCACGUUUCGGUUGGCGAAUAAGGACAAGAGCGAGGGCAAGGGCGAGGGCAAGGGCAAGGGGGCGGCGAAGAAGGGAACCGACUUCACGCAGGGAUCCAGCGCGCUCGCGCCGAUGACCCGCGAUGAGUGCAGGCGAUUGACUCUGGAGGGACGGUUUCGGCUCCUCGCGCAGUCUCUUUUGCUGUACUCCGGUUGGCACCCCGUGCCGGGCGCGCUGCGGGCGGAGACGAUCGAGCUGGAGAGGCGGGACGGCAUCAGGCGGCUGAGGCUCGGCGGGAGCGAUCGCAGGGUGGAGUAG